UUGUCAUUCCCAUCCUUCCUCCACAAACUUGGGUUGCUCACAAUCGCCGCACGGCCUGAUGAGGAUGGCCAUGCCGGCGGAUAUGACACAUGAUAUGUGCCACACAUGGUGGCGAAGUCACACUGAUGCUCGUCUCCGGCAGUCCGGUGGCCGAAACCUGGAUCUCCAUCGCCCUAAGAACUCAGUUUUCUUGAUUUAACUUAGCACAGUUCUGUUUGGGUAAUAAACUAUGUACUUGUGGUGAGGGAUUUGUGCUGGCUGCAGGAGGUGUAAUCGGAGGAGAUGCAUGCAUGUGCACUAUUUUUCCAACCAACAUGCAGCUGUAAACCCAAAGGUCAGCCGAUUGCCCCGAGAGAGCAGAAGUCCACUCAACAGUCAACCACGACAACCCCCUCAGCCGCCGGUCCUCACCUCGCCGGCGUACCUUCAGCCGCCACCUUGUCUCCCGCAACCCCGCCACGUCCUCCGCUCCGCCGUAACCUCCUCCCAUCCGCCCCCAGUUCCUCCCCUGCCCUCGUCCCCGCAUCUGAUCGACCGCCGCCCAGGAGCCAUGAAGUCGCGGCCGGCGGCGGCGACGGGAGCCACGGAGGGCCUUCUUUCCGCGGCACGCUACUAGUAGGGCCUCCUCGGAAUUGGGGAUACCGGUGUUCGGUGCUCUUCACCUGGGCAGCUGCUGCUCACCGUCCUUCGCCGCCGAUGCUGAUUUCCUAUGUCCGGCAUCUUCGUGGAGGCGCCCGACAACAAGUAGGCCGUGGAGGCAGGGCCUUAUUUCCACGGCACGCUGCGAGGAGUGCCUCCUCGGAAUUGGGGAAGUCAGUGUUCGGUGCUCUUCACUUGGGCUGGGCAGCAGCUGCUCACCGGCCUAAGCUGAUUUCCUAUGGCCGGCGUCUCCGUGGCGGCGCCCGAGGGCAAGAAUGCCGUGGAGGCGAAUGGGUCCGAUGGCUGGGUGGGACGCGCCCAUUUCGUGCAAGACGGUGGGCGAGCUGCUCGCCCGCAAGGGCCACCGCGGCUACCUCAUCGCUGCCGCCGUACAGGAACUCGUCGACAUUGUCAUCUGAAGGUACAAAAUUCGGAAGUACAAGGAUUGCUAGAACAAGGUAGUCACCUACACGACUCCACAAUCUCUA